CCGCGGCCCAGAUGGCGGCCCGGGACGCGUAGCAGUGGUGGCUCUGCGGCCCGGGGCCCCGGGCGGGCGGAGGUGGCGGCUCCCGGGACCGGCCGCGCGCAAUGAUGUUGUCCACUGGACAUGUUCUGACCAAGGAGGCAGGUCUGAGAACGUAGCUGAAGCUGAAAAUAGGAAAGCUGGGGGCAAGGAAGAGCCUUGAACCUUGAGGUGGGACGUUGACUCUAAGAUGUCCUUGAGCAGUGGAGCCUGCGGAGGGAAAGGAGUGGAUGCAAACCCGGUUGAGACAUACGACAGUGGGGAUGAAUGGGACAUUGGAGUAGGGAACCUCAUCAUCGACCUGGACGCCGAUCUGGAAAAGGACCAGCAGAAACUGGAAAUGUCAGGCUCCAAGGAGGUGGGGAUACCAGCCCCCAAUGCUGUGGCCACACUACCAGACAACAUCAAGUUUGUCACCCCAGUGCCAGGUCCUCAAGGGAAGGAAGGCAAAUCAAAAUCCAAAAGGAGUAAGAGUGGCAAAGACGCUAGCAAGCCCACUCCAGGGACUUCCUUGUUCUCUCCAAGUGAGGGAGCAGCCAGCAAGAAAGAGGUGCAGGGUCGCGCAGGAGAUGGUGCCAGUGCGGGAGGCCUGGUUGCUGCUGUUGCUCCCAAGGGCUCAGAGAAGGCUGCUAAGGCGUCACGCAGUGUAGCUGGCUCCAAAAAGGAAAAGGAGAACAGCUCAUCUAAGGGCAAGAAGGAGAGAAGUGAAGGCGUGGGGACUUGUUCGGAAAAGGAUCCUGGGGUCCUCCAGCCAGUUCCCUUGGGAGGACGGGGUAGUCAGUAUGAUGGAAGUGCAGGGAUGGACACAGGAACCGUGGAGCCGCUUGGGAGUAUAGCUAUUGAACCUGGGGCAGCGCUCAAUCCUUUGGGAACUAAGCCGGAGCCAGAGGAAGGGGAGAAUGAGUGCCGGCCACUAAAGAAAGUCAAGUCUGAAAAGAUGGAGUCCCCAGUCUCCACCCCAGCGGUGCUGCCACUGCACCUGUUAGUGCCAGUGGUCAAUAAUGACAUCUCAUCUCCCUGUGAGCAGAUCAUGGUCCGUACCCGAUCAGUUGGUGUCAACACAUGCGACGUGGCUCUAGCCACAGAGCCUGAGUGCUUAGGCCCCUGUGAGCCUGGAACCAGCGUCAACCUUGAAGGCAUCGUGUGGCAGGAAACAGAAGAUGGGAUGUUGGUGGUAAAUGUGACAUGGAGAAACAAGACAUAUGUAGGUACACUUCUUGACUGCACAAGGCAUGAUUGGGCACCCCCAAGGUUCUGUGACUCCCCCACCAGUGACUUGGAAAUGCGGAACGGCCGAGGAAGAGGCAAGCGCAUGCGUCCCAGCAGUAACACACCUGUCAGUGAGGCAGCCGCAGCCUCUGACAGCAAAGGGACCAGCAGCAGCAGCAAGACCCGAGCAGGAGCCAAUAGCAAAGGCCGUCGGGGUAGCCAGAACUCCUCAGAGCACCGCCCUCCUGCUAGCAGCACCUCUGAGGAUGUCAAAGCCAGCCCUUCCUCAGCCAAUAAGCGGAAAAGCAAACCUCUUUCAGACAUGGAGCUGAAUUCUAGCUCAGAGGACUCCAAAGGGAGCAAGCGUGUCCGUACAAAUUCCAUGGGCUCAGCCACCGGGCCCCUCCCUGGGACCAAGGUAGAACCCACUCUUGUGGACAGAAAUUGUCCCUCCCCGGUCCUGAUUGACUGUCCCCACCCAAACUGCAACAAAAAGUACAAGCACAUCAAUGGGCUUAAGUACCACCAAGCUCACGCCCACACGGAUGACGACAGCAAACCGGAAGCUGAUGGAGACAGUGAGUAUGGAGAAGAGCCCGCCCUCCAUGCAGACCUCAGCUGCAACGGUGCACCUGUCCCACAGAAAGGAUCCUUGUCCCCUGCCCGCUCAGCUACCCCCAAAGUUCGGCUUGUUGAGCCUCACAGCCCUUCCCCUUCGAGCAAAUUCAGCACAAAAGGCCUCUGUAAGAAAAAACUGAGUGGGGAGGGAGACACAGACCCUGGAGCCUUAUCCAAUGAUGGCUCUGAUGACGGGCCCUCGGUAAUGGAUGAAACAAGCAAUGAUGCCUUUGACUCUUUGGAAAGGAAGUGUAUGGAAAAGGAAAAGUGUAAAAAGCCCUCCAGUCUGAAAUCUGAAAAGAUUCCAUCCAAGAGCUUAAAAUCAGCCCGCCCCAUUGCCCCUGCCAUCCCCCCACAACAGAUCUACACUUUCCAGACAGCCACCUUCACAGCAGCAAGCCCAGGUUCCUCCUCAGGCUUGACCACCACCGUGGUCCAAGCAAUGCCCAACAGUCCCCAACUCAAGCCCAUUCAGCCCAAGCCCACUGUUAUGGGAGAGCCUUUCACAGUCAACCCUGCCCUGACCCCUGCCAAGGACAAGAAAAAGAAAGACAAAAAAAAGAAGGACUCAUCAAAGGAACUUGAAAGUCCUCUGACCCCUGGGAAGGUAUGCCGAGCAGAAGAAGGUAAGAGCCCGUUCAGAGACGCAGCAGGAGAUGGAAUCAAAGUGGAGAGCCUUCUGAACGGCUCCUCAGAGUCCCACCAAAGCCGGUUAGCUAGUAUCAAGGCUGAGGCUGAUAAGAUUUACAGUUUCACUGACAAUGCCCCCAGCCCUUCAAUUGGAGGCAGCAGCCGCCUAGAUAGUACUACCCCGACCCAACCCCUAACUCCCCUCCACGUAGUGACCCAGAAUGGAGCCGAAGCCAGCUCAGUCAAAACCAAUAGCCCUGCCUACUCUGACAUCUCUGAUGCUGGGGAGGAUGGGGAGGGCAAGGUGGACAGUGCCAAGUCGAAGGACCCCGAGCAGCUGGUUAAAGAAGGGGCUAAGAAAACACUGUUCCCCCCUCAGCCACAGAGCAAAGACUCCCCAUAUUAUCAAGGCUUUGAAAGUUACUACUCUCCAGGUUAUGCACAGUCCAGCCCAGGGACUCUCACCUCAAGCAGCCAGGCAGGAAUGGAGGGCCAGCCCCUAAAGACAAAAAAGGAUGAGGAGCCUGAGAGCGUAGAAGGGAAAGUAAAGAAUGAUGUCUGUGAGGAAAAGAAGCCGGAGCUGAGCAAUUCCAGUCAGCAGCCCUCCGUCAUCCAGCAGCGGCCCAACAUGUACAUGCAGUCCCUGUACUACAACCAGUAUGCCUACGUGCCUCCUUAUGGCUACAGUGACCAGAGUUACCACAGCCACCUCCUGAGUACCAACACCGCUUAUCGGCAGCAGUAUGAAGAACAGCAGAAGCGGCAGAGCCUGGAGCAGCAGCAGCAGCAGCAGCGGGGACUGGACAAGAAGACAGAGAUGGGCCUGAAAGAGCGGGAGGCAUCGCUCAAGGAAGAGUGGAAGCAAAAGCCCUCAAUUCCACCAACUCUCACCAAGGCUCCCAGCCUGACAGACCUGGUGAAGUCAGGGCCCGGCAAGGCCAAGGAGCCUGGGACAGAUCCUGCCAAGUCUGUCAUCAUUCCCAAGUUAGAUGACUCAUCAAAACUCCCCAGCCAGCCCCCUGAAGGCCUUAAAGGGAAGCUGGGUGAGGCCAGCCACCUAGGCAAGGAGGCGUCUGAGGCUAAGACGGGCACUGAGUGUGGCCGACAGGCAGAGGUGGAUCCAAUACUCUGGUACCGACAGGAGACGGAGUCUCGAAUGUGGACAUAUGUUUAUCCUGCCAAAUACUCAGACAUCAAGUCAGAGGAUGAUCGGUGGAAAGAGGAACGGGACCGAAAAUUAAAGGAGGACAGGAGCCGGAGUAAGGACUCUGUUCCCAAGGAAGACGGGAAGGAAAGCACAAGUAGUGACUGCAAGCUACCCCCAUCUGAGGAAUCCCGCCUCGGGAGCAAGGAGCCCCGACCAAGUGUCCAUGUGCCUGUGUCCUCCCCGCUCACCCAGCACCAGUCCUACAUCCCCUACAUGCAUGGCUACUCUUACAGCCAGUCAUAUGACCCCAACCACCCCAGCUACCGGGGGAUGCCUGCUGUGAUGAUGCAGAACUACCCAGGUUCCUAUUUGCCUUCCAGCUAUUCUUUCUCCCCGUAUGGCAGCAAGGUCUCAGGUGGCGAGGACGCUGACAAGGCCCGUGCCAGCCCCAGUGUGAGCUGUAAAGCCAGCUCAGAGUCCAAAGCCCUGGACAUCUUGCAGCAACAUGCCAGUCACUACAAGAGCAAGUCUCCCACGAUAAGUGAUAAAAAUUCUCAGGAGAGAGAUCGAGGAGGCUGUGGGGUGGUUGGGGGUGGUGGCAGCUGUGGCAGUGUUGCGGGAGCAGGAGGUACUGACAGGAGUGCCGACCGGCCCCGCACAUCCCCUUCCCAGCGCCUGAUGUCCACACACCACCACCACCACCACUUGGGCUAUUCCUUGCUCCCAGCACAGUACAACCUACCCUAUGCCGCAGGGCUUUCUUCUACAGCCAUUGUUGCCAGCCAGCAAGGCUCAACUCCCUCACUCUACCCACCCCCCCGGAGGUGAGAAUGAACACCAAGUGCCCAGAUGAAGUCAGCUUCAUGGGCCAGACUGGCUCAUUCGAGGUGAUGCUGGAGGUGCCAUCUUACCAUCAGUUACGGUGUUGAUCAUCCUGUUUGCCAUUCCGACCGUGACUGAAGGCAGACCCUUGGCUGCCUCACCUCCACUAGACCCUCCGACCCCCGACCCUCCCUCUUCCUCAGGAGCUGGAGAACUGGUACUUUGCAAAAAUAUUUAUUCUCUCAGCCACAGUUUUGUUGUGGUCAUCUAUGGAGAUGAAGGCAUAGGAGCAACUGAGAGAACACAGCCUCAUCCCAGAGAAAUGACUGCUCUGUUACCUUAGCCCCUGGUCUGCUGCCAGAGCAGCAACACACACCUGGGAGGGACCCCAAGCACGGGAUAAAGUCUGAAGACAGCACAGCAGCCAUACCCCUCACUGUCAUUACCACCAUAAACAAGAUUCCACAUCUCCUCAGUGGUUUGGGCCCUGGGAACUGGCAGCACGUGGAGAAAUUAGAAUCUCAGGAAAGAAGUAGGGAGCUGUUUCCUCUGUAAUUGCGAAGACAAGGUCUUCAAGUGUGGAGACAUCCCCCUCUGAUGUGAGCACAGAUAAAUGCUCAGAGCCUAACCUGUAAAGGGGAGAGUAAGGCACUUGCCCCACCAGAGUCUUGUGCUCCUGUCAGGUGGAAGACAGGGGUUCUAGCACCAGCACAGGCUCCCUGGGGAUGCUGGGAGGAACUGGAACAUAAGUGGAGUCUGUGAAACUGAACCUGCUUCCUCACCAAAAUUCCUGCUGCUUUCCAGAUCCCCCAACUCCUUGUCCUUUCUCUUUCUUUUUUAACCCCUUGGUGCCUUUCCCAGGGGGGAUUCCCCAUACUGACCUCACUUCUACUGCUUGGCUUCUACAACUCAGGCAGUAUUAAUAGACUUCCUCCCAGCAUGGGUAACCUUGGAGCCUGCCACAUCACUUUAGAGCAGCAACCAGAAGGCAGGCUGUUCUUGGAGACAUUCAGUUAUCUGAGUAUCCUCAUUUAGGGUCACAAAUAUAUCCAUCCCAGUUCCUCUGUCUACAGGUACAUGAUUUUAUACAGUUCACUCUGUAACUCCGUACGUGCCAAUAUGAGGAGUGUCUUUAUAACACACGUUUAUGUUUUAGGGGCCACUGGCCAAGGGGAGAUGAUUUGCUCCUUAGACCCUAAAACAGCAUAUCCAAGCAUUAUAUGCCCAAGUCAGAGUGGACACAGUGGAUAAGGCUUUGAGGUGGCAGGCAUUUCUCUGUUCUCCUGAGCUACAAAGUCAUGUUAGGAAAAAGUGAUGACCUAGCUUUGUUGGAGUCACGUCUUCCCAGCAUGUGGGAUGUUUUUUAGGUCUUUGCUAUUGCAGGGUACCAUCCCUUUGAAGCCCUUUCCUCCUGUUUUUGCCCUUUGGACUGCAAGAGAGAGAGAAAGAUGCACAGAUACCAGCUUAGGCUAAUCGGGAGCUUGAAACAAGAAUGUCAAAAGUGACAGUUUGAGAGCAGGAAGGUAGGUGGCUCUAACUUCUUUGGGAAAGUGGGGUGGUGGGAGACAUUAAGCACAAAGCCCAAGAGAAGCUAGCUCCCGAGAACUCAUGAACCCUCCAUGUAUAUAAUCAGGCUUUGGUAGUUAGCAUCUCUGACCUCCAAACCUUUCCUGUUUCCAAGUCCUUGUUUUUUUUUUUUGAGUUGGGUUCUGGGCACUUGGGAAAAUCCUUUUGUCUAAACAGCCUCCUCGCCACCAUUGUCCCCUCUGCCACAUGCUGCCCCAGCAGGAGUCUGGGUAGUGACCCCCUUUCAUUCGUGGAGGUAGAUGUUGGAGAUAACAUCUUAUCUAACCCAUUACCCUUACUAAGAAAGUGACUGUCGCCUAAUUAUGCUUCUCCCCACAAGACUAGUGAGUAGAGCCAUGCUCCCAUCUGUUCCUGUUUUUUUUAAAUAUUGUGUUUUGUAUGUAUCUGUGGCACUGGUUUGCAGUGUGCUUUGUACAUAUUGUAAAAAAAAAAACAUUGGAGCAAUUUUGUUUUUCACUGGGUAGGCAUGGCCCACAUUCCUGCCCUUUCCACUUUUUUCAUUUUAUAACAGAGGUGUGUCUGUAUUUGCAAGACAGCCUUAGAUUCUGCAGAAGGAACAGCUUUCUCUCUCUCCCCUCUCCCCUUCCCUUCCCUCCCUCUGUCUGUCUCUCUCCCCUCUUCCCGUUAGAAACAAGUCAGCUUUUUGUUCCCUCUACCCAAGUGCCCCUUGAAAAACAGGUGCUGCUCUGAAACGAGAUUAGCAGUAGAAAAAUGACCCUGUGUUCUCAGCUCCUCCCUCCUGGUCCCUAGUCUGAGUCCGGUCUUCCCGCUCUGAAGUAGUAUUACAUACACUACAGCUCCAGCUGUGGAAACUCCUGACUAGUGCUUCAAAACUGUCCACCUCCACACCUAGUCAGAAAGACAGGAUCUGGUGCAGACCACCAAACCAAGCCUCUCACUAAGCCACCCUGCCCAUGCUCUUGCUCUUAAUGAUCUCCAGGGACUCAUGUGGAAGAGAAGCUAUAGGAAGUAGGGGCCUCACCCUGAGGAAGGGCAGCUACCGCUUGCCAGCUGCUGCUUAGGACUCACAUCUACUUCCUCAUUUCCCCAUCUUAUACUUGUACAUGUAGUCUCCACUAAGCCUACUCUCUCCACACAUCUCAAGGUCAAAGAAACAUAGAAGGGUAAGAGGGUACCCUGUGAAAUGAUCCUUUCAUGCACCUUCUCUCCAGGCUCCAGGGUGGGGUGGGGGGGACUUAGUUUAAGGGAGUUAGUUCUGCAGAAGGGCUAGAGAAUUGGAUAUAGAUUUGAGGCCUCAUCACUUACCCCAUAUACCUUAUCUGUGUACUCUGAUGGCCCCCAAGAUUCAGCUGGGCAGCUAGCUGGCCCAUUAUUCUGGGCCUUUGUCAUUUAUUACUAGUUUCCAAGGAAACUUUCCAGUGAUUCCCUGCCAUGGGCCCCUCCCAGGCCUUAUCCCUAGCCCCUCCUGCCCCAGCCCACCCGCUUGCCUUGGUGCUCAGCCCUCCCACUGGGAGCAGGUUGGGGCAAGCUGGAGGCUCGGGCUGGAGGGACAGUGUUGCUGUUCAUAGCUUUUGUUCCAUUGGCGUUGCUCUGUUGAAUUUAAUUUCAGUCUUCCUGAUUCUUCCCUUCUGUAAAGUGUACAUUACCAAGUUCCUUGUUUUUUUAUAUAUAUAUAUAUAAAUAUAUAUAUAUACAAACUGUACUCUUUUUGCCUUUGUACAUUCAGGCAAGAAGAGAAAAUAAAUCUUUUUAAGAGACAAUCACAAAUCUGUGAGGGCUGCUGGUUAUUUCUCCUGGAGUUUGCUGCUGAGCUGCUGCCUCCUCCCCUAGCUGUUCUGUUCCCCCCUCAGCUUCCCUGUCUUUUCUCUAGCCCUGCUCCAUACCCACCCUCAGCUUCCCCUUUCCUGGCUGACAGCAAGCUGUUGAACCCAGUGUGCCCACCUGCCCUGUAGCUUCUUCCUGUCCAGCAUUGUUUUCCAGCUUGGCCACUGGCUGAUCCUGUAUCCUGACCUUUUUUUAAACCCUUAGAUCUCAUUCACCAAAGUGGCUUUGGACCCCUGGGUGCUCUGGGACCUGCCUCCCAGAGGCCCUUGGCUUGGGACAUCCAUUCAUCUAUGAAACUAUGCACCUGGGAGCUCUCUGCCUGAGAUUUUGCACUACUUAAACUUGCCUGGGCAUUAGAACGAAAGGUUUUUAGGAACAAGUGGGAAAUCUCCAGCCCUGUCCCCCUCUCCCUCCCCCCCACACCCCCACCACCCUCGCCCAGCACUCCACCCCAUACUACCUAUAUCCAUCCUAGCCUCAGAAGUCUGCUGGUCCCAGGAUUGCUCCUGGACUCCCGUGGUUACCCUAUUAUAUCAAGGGCUAAGGAUCUAUUGGUGAGAGCUUUUGAGACUCAAAUAGUGAUGCUGUCUGAAAGAGCCCAGCCAAACCAUGUUCAGCCUUCCUUCUUCCCUUACCUUCUCUUCCCUUUCCCCUUUGUUUCUACUCCCUUUUCUUAAUUGGCUUUGGAAUUGAAGUAUAUUUUUAAAUUAUUUGUUGUAUUUAUUGAAUAAAGUUUUUAAUGUCCCUGUUA